UGCCUUCUGCUGGAGCGGCACUACCCCGACUACCCGUGCUGUGAUGGCGAGGAAACCCCGUUGACAAGGCACUGCUUUUUCAUGACGCACAGAAAAUAAAGGGUGGUUAAUUAAUGAUUCCAUGCCCGCUGUCAGAAAGCUGUGUCAUGGAUGAUGAGGACGAUCGCCGUCUUCUGGAUAUUAUAGGAGAUGUGCAGGCAUUGAAUGACUACCUCCACGGCUCCACCAACAAGUCUAUUGAAGAGGAUGAUGUGACGAACGCAGCGUACGGCUCUGCUGGAACCUUCUUCACUAGUAACACUGCUGGCUCUAACUCCGGCCUCAAAGAUGGCGAGUUUGAGGAUACUGUGGGGGCUGGCCUCCAGCUUUCCAGCAGCCUAUCGUUCAUCGAGGAUGAGCUGGGGGGAGGAGCCUCUCCAGGAGGAAUGGAUCUUGGAGGAGGAGAGGACCAGCACUUUGACAUCCUGCAGAAGUCUCUCAUGGAGGCAGACAUCACUGAACAGACUCUGGAACAGGAGGCCAUGCUAGACUCCCAACCACCUCCCCCUCCGGCCCCCUCCCCAUUCCCCGCCCAGCUGGUCUCGGGGGGGUACAGCGGCGGGGUCACCACGGCGACAGCAGCGUUUCCCAGUGGUCAGUUUCUCCAGGGAGUAUCCCAGGUGUCCCAGCUGCCCAACGGCCAGGCAGGGGGGCACAUCCAGGUGUUGGGGUCCUUCGGAGGUGGAGGGGUCCAACAGAUCCUCCUCCGGCAGGGUGGGGAGAUAGGGGGGGUGAUGGGGGGAGUAGCAGCAGGGGGGCAGGUGUUUGCUGCCUCCUCCCAAGUGGGCCAGGUGAACCAGGUGGGCUUGCCCUUUAAAAACAUCCCCCUGCAGAAUAUCAUCAUCCAGAGAGGACCAGGGGGCACCCAGGCCCUGGUCAGACCUAUCCAGCCCAAACCCCUUCAAGCUGGGGCUCAGACAGUCUACAGCCUGGGACUCCAGACCACAACCACCACCAUGGUUAACACUGCGGCCCAGGGACACUACACAGCUAACGGCUCCAUCCUGGUCCACUCUCCGCUGGGGCAGCAGAACCAGGGACAACAAGUCCAGGCCAAUCUGGCCCCAGGGCAGUACCUGGUCCACCACAAUGGCUCCUCAGACCCAUCCCAAUCAACCAUGGUAGCCAAUCAGAACACAGUGCAGCUUGUCACCGGGCAGAACUUCACGGCGACGGCGGGUGGUCAGCUGAUCCAAGUGGGAGGCAGUCAGAUGGGAGGCAGUCAGGUGGGAGUAGGAGGAGCCAUGACCCAAAAAUGGCAGACUUUUCCUGGUACUAGCCCUGCCCCCAUCCAGGCGGCAUCAAAUCAGGGGUGUCUGACGCUGGUUGGCACAGCGACCGCAGGGGUUCGGGGUCAGGUGUCGUGCAGUCCAGUGCAGCGCCUCGCAGUGACUCAGAACAGCAGCUCCCUCUCCCCCAUGUCUCUCUCUGGUACUGGUACUGCCACACAGGAUGAGGAAUACUCACAGGCUCAGACACAGCUUGUCAACCUCCUUGGAAACAAAGCUGUGAAAACAAUGACCUCCGUGAGCCAAGACUCCCUGCUAAACACACAGGUCAGCGCUCAGAAGAGGCAAGCCCCUCAGCAGCUCACCAGAGGAGCAAUGAUGCUACAUCAGUUGACGAUGGAUCGUUCAGGGGUUCUGUCACCUGACAUCACCCGCUUCACCUCAUUGGACGAUGCACUGCACAGACUCCUCCCCUACCACAUGUUCCAUGGUGCUCUGCCCAACAAGGAAGAGUUUUCUCAAGUGGAUGAUGAGUUUGAGAUGAUGGCGACUCAGGUGUUGAAGAGGACCCAGGUUAUGAUCAACAAAUACAGACGACUGCUGAUGGUGGAGGCUGAGCGCUCCAGUCCCUCCUCAGAGAUGGUGAUGAUUGACAGGACCUUUAACCAAGAGGAACGGCAGAACCUGACACAGGACAAACGUAUGAUACUGGUUGACCCAGAUGGCUUCUUGGAAGAUUUCUGUUGUGCGGUGAAGCCGUCUCUCCUCUCUCCCCCCUGCCUCCCCUUGGACCCUCUCUCCUCCCCCUCGUCCAGCCAUGGCCAUAGACAGUCAGUGGGGGGGUUGAACACAGACUCCCCUCACAGGACAGACCCCCAGUCAGGCUAUGGAGACCCGGGGGGAGGUAGUGGGGGAGGAGGAAAAGACUCUUAUAAGAGUAUCAUUGACCUGAAGAGAACUCAACAUAGCAACUAUGGAAACAAAGCUGCUUGUAGCAACAACAAGAACAGCAACUAUCACCUUGGAAACGUGGCUGCUACGGCCACAGCGGCAGUGUCGACAGGGACGGAACAGACUCAGCACCUGUCUCACCUGCCCUCUCACCCCCAGGUCCCCCUACCACUCCCUCCCACCCCGCCCGACACAGACUCAGUUCUAGAGGCAGCCGUCAACAGCAUUCUAGAAUGUUAGAGACUGACAGGCAGACGUGCCCAUCACUCUAUCCUUCCAUUCCUCCAUCUCUCAUCCUCCCAUCCUUUCCCCUCAGCUCGCUCCAGGGAUUACAUGCUUGUUGUUUAUUUUCUCCUUCUCUCUCUCAUUGUCAGUCCACUUCAACCAGCUCUGAGUUAGUUACAGCCAUAGAAAUAUAAUCUAGAUUGUAUUUCUAUGGUUACAGUAUUAUAUUUACUGUAGGACAGCCAGGUGUCAUGAUCUUUGUGACAUCAUAUCCUGUUGGGUGUGAGUGGGGAGAGGAUGCAAAGAUUGUCUAUUAUAUUGACAAAAUAGUCGAUUGACUGCUCGAACAAUGGAAAUACAUGUCCUCUAAGAUGGAAGGCAGGUGGGAGGUGGCGAGAUCAGGGAGGACUAUUUUAGCCAAUGAGAGGGCAGAUACGUGUGUGAAUAACAGGCAGGCCAUAGAGAUAGAUGGAGGACUCAUCUCUGUAUCUGUGCCAUCAUAGCGUCUGUGACAGCAUGGGCAGCGCCAUUGAGGCUAUUUCCAUUUUAAAGUAGUACAUUUUCUUCUUCAUUAGCCGAUUGCUUCCAACUCAUAGGAAUCCCCACCCAGUUGGCUACUUUAAAAUGGUGAAAGCCCCAAUGGCCACUUUAAAAUAAGUUAUAUCCACAAAGAGGUCUCUAUAUACAGUAUCUCUAUGAUAACAGGUACAACUCAGAUAUUACUGCCACGUGUGUCCACUUAUAUCAGUGCAUUUGUAACAACCUAACCAUUGCAAAACUUCUAUUUGAUCAAAUAAGCCUCAUGAAGCAAAUUAGCAAUUACAUUUUUUGUUGGCCAAAUUCGACACCCUUUCUCAUUGACCUCUAUACAAACAUUCCUAAAUUCCUGAAACUCAAUGUUAGGCUACGUCCCACAAUGCUGAAGUUCAGGGAGGAGGAAGGUGAUGAUUCUGUGCCUGAGAAAUUCUACGUUGUCCUUGAAAUGUUUACAUGAAGAAGCCUUGUAAGAAAUGUCCUUUUUGCACCUGACAUUACACACCUACACAUAAAAUACAGUAGUAAUUGAUGGAUUGGAAAACUACAACAAAUAUAGCUAUUUUUGUGUUUUCUACUUCAGUCUUCACGGUAAAGUCAAGCCAGAGAAGACUCACUCACACUCUUGUGUCUAUAUAAUGACUAAACAAGCAGCUUUUGGUUUUCUGUCAGUUGUCAUUUUCUUAUUUGGCAUUUUUCUUUUGUACCUUAAAGGUAUGUGACGCCCCUCUGCACUCACACACAUUCACUCUCAUUAGAGUGUAUUGGUGCUGGGGGGAACUAACUCCUCAGAUUGAGGGAGAAAUGUUUCGCCGUGUUUCUUUUUUUGGUUUCAAUUUUUAUUUUAUUUUUAUAAAUCACGAUUUGUGUUGUUAGGGAUGUGUGUACCAGCGAAGUUAACACGCAACCACUGUAACCAUGGUGAGAUUGAAUGACCCUGGAAGGUUAUGGGUUGUAUGUCUUUGCGUACGUACGCUGGACGAAUGUCACUCAUUACUUUGCCUGCUUAACUUUCCUCUAUUCUAUCCAUCACUUCACUCAAGCCUCCUGUCCCGCCCAACAAUUAUACCCCAAUCAACAGGAGAGAGAGAGGGGAGUGUCCAUGCUCAUAAAUUGACUGAAUGAACAGACUGAAGGCUUUAGAGAGAGAGAACACAGCUGUCUGUUUUACAUGUUGUCUUGUCAACCCUCUGUAUUUCAGCCCUGGUCCUGACCACCCCCAUGUCUCAAAUUACACCCUAUGCCUGUGAUAGUGCACUACUUUUGACAAGCUUAUGUGGCGUGGAGCAAAAGUAGUGCACUUAAUGGGAAACAGUUGUUUCACACAGGAGUGCCUAAGGUUGAUAUACUAGGCUCUUUCUGGCAAGGAGUGACACAUUUUUACUUCAUUACCCCCAUUUUCACUGUUUACUUUUGUCUCACUCUACAUGAUUUGUAUAGUUUUUAUAUAUCUCUAUAUAUAUAAAAAUGAAACAAUAUUUAUACUUUUUUGUAAAGAAAAAGAAUGUAAAAACAUUUUGUAUUCUGUUGGCUAUGAAGUGUUCCAAAAGAAAUCGUUACAAAUACUGUGUUGUUCAUUUUUAGUUUGUGUUCACUACAGAAAGAGAAAAGUCAACAAUAAAUUCAUUUGGAAUACAA